AUGAUAGCAAGACCGUGGACGGACGAUUUACCGAAAUGCAAAAAUACCUGUGUCGCCUCGUAUUUCUCCCAAAUCGGUGGAAGUGUUAAUACCACGGAUGAUUACCUCUGCUUUUAUUGCCAAACAGAAGAUGGAUCUUGUUUGUAUGGAGUGUUUGAACCGCACAAUGGUUUGGAUGCAGCAAGAUUCAUUAUGCAGAGGAUGGCAGUGGAGAUGUUAUUGCCACCCCCUUCUAUCAGCAAUACAGAUGAAGAGAUAAGAGACAGAUUGAGAAAUGCAUUCGUAUCUGUGGAGAAGGCAUAUAUAGAAAACUAUGAUGGCAUGAUAGCAGAAAGAACCAGCUUACAAUAUAGACUACAGACAUUAAAUGAAACACAGAUAUCGCAGAACUGCGACAACAUCCUCUCCCGUCUGAAGGAGAUAGACCAGCACCUGUCCGGCGGUGCGACUGUUGUCAUAGCGCUGGUUCACAACAACAAGCUGUUCGUGGCCAACGUGGGCGAAACCAGGGCUCUGCUGUGUAGGACCGACGACAACUCGGUGCUGAGGGUGGUCCAGUUGACGGUGGACCACAGCCUGAACAACGAGGACGAGCUGCUCCGUCUCUCCCAGCUGGGCCUCGACGUCAACAAGCUGAGGAACGCUCAGUACUUGGGAAACCAGUCCGGUACCAGGUGCCUGGGCAACUACCUGGUGAAGGGUCUGUACAAGGCGUUCCCAAAUAUCGGCACAGCCACCGCGGAGCCAGUAGUGGCUGCUCCUGAGAUCCACGGUCCCAUCGCCCUGGACGAGUCAUGCAGGUUCCUGGUGCUAGUCAGCGCCGGCGUCCACAAGCGCAUCCAGGAGAUGAGGGGCGGCAGCGAGCAGACCAACAAGCAGCUCGCCCAGAUCGUGGUCGAGUGCUUCCGCCGCCAGCCGGACUUCGCCCAAGUGAGCCGCUGCGCUCUGGAGGAGAUCGAGAGCGAGUUCGUGGCCCACUGCGCGCGGAACAACCUCACACCGAAGGCGAACACGCACGUGACGCUGCUGAUAAGGAACCUCAACUUCGGGGGCGAAGCGCCGCGGCCGGAGCGCUGCGGUGUCCGCUUCAACCCGGUGGUGCAGUCCAAGUGCGACACGCUGGAGGGGGGCGGAGCGCCCUGGCCCAGCGGCUCGGAGCGCUCCGCCUCGCCGGACGCGGCCGAGGCGCCCGCGCCGGACAGGCAGCGCAGGAUAAGGGGCUACGUCGACUUCGGCUGCUACUACGAGAACGUGGCGAAGGCGAGGAAGAACGGCACGCUGCCCAGUUUCAUCAAG